CCGUGAUGGUGGAAGGUGGCACUCGCCCUCACAGUCGCCGCCUGACUCGCCCUCACAGUCGCCGCCUGACUCGCCCUCACAGUCGCCGCCUGACUCGCCCUCACAGUCGCCCCCUGACUCGCCCUCACAGUCGCCACCUGACUCGCCCUCACAGUCGCCGCCUGACUCGCCCUCACAGUCGCCCCCUGACUCGCCCUCACAGUCGCCACCUGACUCGCCCUCACAGUCGCCGCCUGACUCGCCCUCACAGUCGCCGCCUGACUCGCCCUCACAGUCGCCGCCUGACUCGCCCUCACAGUCGCCGCCUGACUCGCCCUCACAGUCGCCACCUGACUCGCCCUCACAGUCGCCGCCUGACUCGCCCUCACAGUCGCCCCCUGACUCGCCCUCACAGUCGCCACCUGACUCGCCCUCACAGUCGCCGCCUGACUCGCCCUCACAGUCGCCCCCUGACUCGCCCUCACAGUCGCCACCUGACUCGCCCUCACAGUCGCCGCCUGACUCGCCCUCACAGUCGCCGCCUGACUCGCCCUCACAGUCGCCGCCUGACUCGCUCUCACAGUCGCCGCCUGACUCGCCCUCACAGUCGCCACCUGACUCGCCCUCACAGUCGCCGCCUGACUCGCCCUCACAGUCGCCCCCUGACUCCCUCACAUCUACACAGGUUUUCCGCCACUUCCUUUCAGAGCAAACUUCCAUUACAGACAACUCUUGUGUAUAA